AUGGCGACCGAAGCACUGCCAGCAAUUCCUUCAGCAGAGCUAACCGCUCCCAGUGUCAAGCCUCGAGAGGUUUCAUUCACGUUGCCCAAAGCUCUGCAUACAACGGCACAUGUUCACCUGAACUUUUUGGGACAUUGUGCCAUGGUGUUUUUAGCCACAUCCACACCGGGUGACUCGGGUGGCUCCAUCAAGCCCAUGGGGAGCUUCGUUUACGCCAUGCCUGAUCGCACAUCACCCAAGUCAACAAUAUCAACAACACUCUACACAUCAGCGUCUAGCAUUGAAUACACAACCCGCAUAGCCAAGAUCCUGGCUAGAAGGUUUUCCAUCCCGGUCUAUGUUGGGUGCAGUAUCGACCCACAUGCCAUGGGUCUCGAAGUCGAGGAGGAAAUGGAAGGCCUCGCCAAAAUUGUCAACGUGAUCAUGGAGCAAUGGGAAGAGCACAAGCAAGAGAAGGCUGGGAAUACCGAAUAA